GUCUUCGCGCGCCGGACUAUCUGGUCGAUCCUCAGCGUUCCCGACGGUUGUUGUUUACCACCUGCGUUUUUACGUUAGAAUCCUCCUGCCGGUUGUUUCUUAUAUCGACGCCAAUUUACGGCCCCUCAACCGCUGCCGCCCUCCCCCUCAGCAAGUGUCUGGACGUGUUUGGUGAUAGUUUUUUUUUGUUUUACAUACACACGCUCGUAUAAUUUAAGUGGUUUUUCUUAAUUUUUGUGAUCAGUGCACAAUAACGAUGACGACGAUGACGAGCCUUCUGGGUAAAUCUACCUCGAUGAACAUCAUUCUUUGGACCUGCCUCGCAUUUCUGUGCGCUUCGAUUCAAGCCGACACGCAGAACAUUGACAUCUCGAUCAAUCCAUCGAGAGAGACGACGGUGCGCGUUGGACAAAACCUCACGAUACUCUGCAGCGUGGGCGUACCUUUGAGAACCUGUCGCGUUGAAGUUCCUCGCGAAACGACCGUGUAUCUCGAGCCCAAUCAGCCGCCCGAAGAUGGAAUUGGGUGGUACGGCAAAUCGUUGGAAGCUGGAGAAUGCGGGGUACAAAUCUCGCAAAUCAAGGCAACACACGACGGCAUAUUCAAGUGCGGCCUCACUCCGAAGUCUGCCAGAUCCGAGAGCUACAAGACCUUGAGAAUCAUCGUUGCCAAGGCUCCAUUCAUGCCUGAAAUGAUGGUCUAUCCCGGACGUCGUGGUGAUCCAAGAAAUUUCGAAAAGGGAGAAACGCUGAAAGUGGGCUGUAGUGUCAAGGGUGGUCGACCAGCUGCAAACGUGUCUAUAUUUUUGGGCGACGAACAAAUCGGUCUUGAGGAGAGACCAGUAAUUCGUGACAGCAACAACGACACAUUGGUUAUUCAAAAUGCGACACGAGUCUUGUCUUGGACUGACAACGGGAAGGUGUUACGCUGCGACGCUACUCACCUCGCUCUGGAUCGACCCCUUUCAGCAACACGGCAGAUCUCGGUCUUAUACGCGCCGCAACCCCAGCCCACAAUUGAAAGGUUUGGAUACGUUAUUGGUCAGCCUGGUACAGUUAACGUAACGGUUCAAGCGAAUCCUCGACCGCAAUUCAUGUGGCGUAUUGACGAAGACAAGGUCGACGAGGAUCGAUUUGACGAGAGCAAUCGCAUCAAGUCAUCCAGAGCAGUCGAAUUAGGCAAAGGGUAUUGGCAAAUUAGUCUGACUAUCGACAGUGUUCAAAAGUCCGACACCGAGAAGAAGUACGUUUUGGAAGCAGGAAACGAGCUGGGAUCUGUUGAGUACCAAAUCGUUUUGUCGACGUCGACGGAACCUCCUGAAGGUAUAUCUAACCGCACUACUUCACCACAUGCUCACGCAGGAGCGUUCAGUCACUUCUAUGGUAAGCUCGCCGAAUCAAUGCACGCACUAGGAGAUCUUGACGCCGGAUCGAUCAUCGGCAUCGUUGUUGGAGUAUUGGUCCUGCUUCUUAUUGUGUUCCUUAUCGUCUUUGCACGUGCUACGGGUCGUUGGUGUUUCGCAGCGAGGCGGAGGCGCGACGAGGAGGCGGCUGGCGGUGCCGGCGCCGGAAGCGAGGCGCACAUCACACCUGGCGACGAGGACCACGAAGACCCCCACAUCAUAGACGAGAAGAUGCCCCACGGCGGACAGGAGAACCCGAUCCACGCGAGCACGGAAUACGUGAACGGCAACACGGACAUCAAGGACAUCAAGAAGGACGAGAAGACGGACACGCCGGUCUAACGCGGGCGGCGCCGUCUGGUCUCAUCAUCGCUCGCAUCCGGCGGGAGGAACGGUGUCGAAUGCCUGUGAUUUGCCAUUUUAUCGAAAGAUUUCCUCACCCUCUCGCGUUCUCGCUUCAUUCAUUUUACUCGUGUUAUCGUCACGGGCGUUGUGAUGCUGCGGCAUCGCUUUAUUCUCUUUCUCAUCUUUUCAUUGCGCUUUUUAUUUUUUCUUCUUCUCUCACUUCAUUUCACUGAGCGGUGACCGUUUCAUCUCAAUGUUUUAUCGCACAAACGCCAAUCAACCCUCUGUCCCCGGUUGCGAGAUGUUUUUUUAUUAUUUUUUAACCGGCUGCAGCUUGGACGAGAAAAGUUCCGGACCGGGGAUCUUGGGUGUAACGAUUACACGAAUACAGUUAUAUGGUCUUCGGCACUCUUCCCCGUCGAAAAAAUCGCGCGUCUUUUCUUAUGCUGCGGAAGUUGAGCGAUUGUUUUUUGAUUUUCUUGUUAUAAUUAACGUGCGAAAGAAACGACAUUGAAAGUAUAUUGUAUGACUUCGUGAUAUUGUAGUCACGAUACAUUUUCUCCUGUGUUCAAUUUACUGGAGGUUUUAACGCGAAUCUCUUAUAUUAUACGAUGUACUAAAGAAAAAUAAGUAUCUUUUUCGAUACCGAAUCAGUUUUGAAUCUCAAACCGAGAUGGGGUGAUGUACCUAAGAUUAAUCCAACCAUAUACUCUAAUUACCGUUGAAUGACGCAAUGAGUGUUCUGUUCACUUAUUUUUUUUUAUUUUUUAUUAUCUUGUUUUCUUUGUCGUAAAAAGUGACACUAUUGUUACAGUAUCACGUUCUGCUGAUAAUUCUGAUAAUCAUGAGAUUCGAUCGUGACGGUUUUCAGCGUGCCAGGAAGGGAAAACGCUAUCAAAGUUGAAUCAUAAAAUAUGCAAGAAUAACGCACGCUUGUACUACCUUUCGUAAGCCGAGCACCCGCCCCUCAGUCGUAUGUAUUUUACAUCGUGGCAUAAGUCGAGUGUAGAUAGAUUAAAAACAAAAAAAUGACAUCACUGAACGUCUGUCCGAGGUCUGAAAAAGGAACCUUUUUAUUUUAAUUUCCCCUUCUAAGAGGUGCAGAAGUUCUAUACCAAUUAAUGAUAAUUAUUAUAGAAUUGUGUACAUCGAUAUUGAUAAUCUCGAAGAAGACGAAUUAACUAGAGUUUAACAUUGAUUUUGAUAUUAAUAAUUAGAGGAGAUUAAAAAGGAAAAACAAAAAAGAAGAAGAAAAACCACGAGAAUUACUAAUUUUUAAACGCAAACCUACUUUUAAGAAUCCCGUCACGCCCUGCUGUUCGAGGAUUAUGCGCGCCUAUACGUACGCGUUACAUUAUACGUGAUAAUAACAAAAGCGUCAUUGUGUAAUCAUAAAAUUCGUAACAUAUAUAAUAUAAUCAUUAAUCAACAUUAAAUUUAUCCAUUGUCGCAAACAUUUUUGACGUGCAUCUCAGAGCUAUUCCAACGCCGUGAAAGAUUCAAAUUAUGAAAUAGUUAAUUACCGUUAUUGUUUUUCUUUUUCUUUUCUUCAUUACACAUCGCAGUACUGACUAUACAUACAUAAAUACAUUGAUACAUACAUAAUACACACAUGCAUACUGAUGUAAUAACGUUAAUAUUAAAAGAUAAUUAAUUAAACGAAUGAAUAUAAAUGACGAAAAUCCAAUUCCACAGAAUUGUAUUCUGAAUCGUUGUAAUAUUUGAUAAUAAUUACGUAUACAUUCCGUAAGAUCUAGCUUCGUGAAAAUUGUGCAACUUUGGAUACAUGUUUGAACAUUUAUUACAUUAAACAAUUAUAUACGUGCACUUGCUUGUUCAGCCUUCAGGCCGAUUUUUCGGCAACUAUUGUUUCAACUUACAUUUCAUGUGAUCCAAAAUCGAGGUUGUAAUUGUCAAUGCUGCAGUUUAACAAUCAUUGAAAUCGAUACAAACAUCUUCGCUAUUAACAUUUAUUUUCACAAAAUGGCUGCAACCGCAAAAGCUGUCACAAAAUUUUGCGCGCAUAAUUCAAUGACCCGACCGUUGUGUUAAUAAGUUUUGCAAUUUUCAUUUAGCCGUUGGUUACAACUUAUUAUAAUCACUCUCUCGCUGAGGCUUGACACUUAUUUGCGCAAGAUUUGUUCAAUGUGAAAUUAUUUUUACUUAUAAUAAUACUAUAGUAGUAAUCAUAAGCAACGUUUACUUUGAUACUGCAAUUUAUUGUGUAAUGAUGUUAGGAUAUAUAUUAUUGUAUUUUAACCAUGCAUCUUCAAAUCACAUAAUUAUUCUACUCUCGCAAUACGCCGUUCUAAAAAUUUUGCAAAGAAUAACAAGAAAAAAAAAAUCGUACCUAAUUAUCAUCCAGUUGUCUUUCUUUGAAUAUGUGUUAUCAAUAUAAAACAAUCGAACGCCCCACAGGUGAAUGUAAGCGAUUUCAAUUAAAUUUCAAACUAGAAUAAACAAGAUCAGAAAAAAAGAAAACGAACAUUCUGUUUCAAUUGCAUUUCUUCGACAAUAAACUAAUUGUUUCCAUUUUUGUAGUGCCGAUUUUUUAUUCAUGAAUGAGCCAUUCAAAAUAACCAUGAAAAUCAUUCAGAUCGAAACAUUAAACGUCUUCAACAAUGUCGCUCAUUUGUUUUUAUGAACGCAACUUUACGGCCCGUUUGUUCGAAAAGAAAGUUUCAAAUUUUCGCGCACACAUAUAAUAAACGUAAACACAUACAUACGUAUAUACACACACCGAAUUUUUAACACACGACACAUUUUCACUUAACAGAGAAAGGCCAAUGGGGUAAAAAAAUUUUCAGGGUUCGUCCAAUGAAGACGAAAGCAAACCAGACAAUCGGUGAAAAAGAAAAACGUAAAUUUCUUACCUAGUUGGCCGGAAUUGCUGCGUGUUGUAUAUAUAAAAAUAAAUAAGUAAAACAAAUGAAUGAAUAAAUAUAUAUAAAUAUUAUAAAUAUUACGAUAUAAAAACUAAUAGUAAUGAUAUAUUCUGCGCCAAGGCAGUUGAUUUAUAUUCAGUGAAUACAGGAAGUAUUUACUAAAAAGCAAAUCAAGUGCUGGAAGCCUGUCGUUAUUCGUAUUUGAAAUGAAAUAAUAAGGAAAAAAAAUAAGGUUUACUUAAUGGUUAUCGUAUCAUCAUAAAAUAAAAAAUAUGACAAAAAAAAAAGAUAAAA